AUGAGUAGACGUAAGAAUGACGUUAAUCGUGAAUGGUCCGAAAGGUCAAAUUGCAUAUUAAUACCAGCUUAAUUGUUCGAUCUCGUACGAUUGUUUCGCGUUAUUAAAUUAAGCAAGACAUUAUCGUGUGACUGGACUAUGUACUUUAAGCUUGAUUAUAUCGAAUAACCUCGAAGUGCGACGGGGCAUGUAACAACAUUGUGUAUUUUGAUGCAAUAGUUGGCGAUAGGGCGGUCAUCGGUGGAUGUUACUGCUGCGUGCCAUCCUUGUUCUGGGCGGAACAAUAGAUAAGCCAAACGUUGCUGACGUGCUGAAAUAUUUUCUAUCAGAGUUACCGAAACGAACUCGUUAAAUCGUCAAGAUGAAGAAAAAGGUAUUGUUAAUGGGUAAAAGUGGGUCAGGGAAGACGAGCAUGCGUAGUAUUAUUUUUGCCAACUACAUUGCCCGAGACACUCAUCGUUUAGGGGCGACAAUCGAUGUAGAGCAUUCCCACGUGCGUUUCCUUGGUAAUUUGGUGCUAAAUUUGUGGGACUGUGGUGGUCAGGAGGCAUUUAUGGAAAACUACUUUGCGUCGCAGCGUGAUAACAUAUUCAGAAAUGUGGAGGUGUUAAUUUACGUCUUUGAUGUGGAGUCGAGGGAGCUGGACAAGGAUAUGCAUUACUAUCAAAGUUGCUUGGAAGCGAUACUGCAGAACAGCCCGGAGGCAAAAAUAUUUUGCCUGGUGCACAAAAUGGAUCUGGUGCAGGAGGAUCAGCGCGAUUACAUAUUCCGAGAAAGAGAAGAAGACUUGAAAAGACUGAGCUUGCCUCUGGAGUGCACCUGUUUCAGAACUAGUAUAUGGGACGAAACAUUGUACCGAGCAUGGUCGUCGAUAGUAUACAUGUUGAUUCCCAACGUGAAGGAACUCGAGCAAAGCUUGAAUCAAUUCGCCAAUAUAAUCGACGCUGAUGAGGUUCUUUUAUUCGAGAGAGCAACCUUCCUAGUGAUAAGCCACUGUCAACGGCAAUUUCACAGAGACGUCCAUCGUUUCGAAAAAGUAUCUAACAUAAUAAAGCAAUUCAAAUUGAGUUGCAGCAAAUUAGCGGCUCAGUUUCAGAGCAUGGAAGUUAGGAACACCAAUUUCGCGGCCUUCAUCGAUAUCUUUACCUCGAAUACGUACGUGAUGGUCAUCAUGUCCGAUCCAACUAUCCCAUCCGCGGCGACGUUGAUCAACAUACGCAACGCGCGGAAGCACUUUGAGAAGUUGGAGCGCGCCAGUCAAAGCUCGGCGUUGAGUAGAUAGAAGUCGGCGCGACCCAGGCGCCUCGUCACCCGGGUCAAGUCUAUUAAUAACUGUUGAAUUUAUCGAAAAAAUCGGGCUCUUGCAUCGUAUCGUUGAGAUAGUAAAGCGUAAUCACGGUUACACGGACACGGUCGUUCCUUCGACGAGGUCGAGUCACGGGGCAUACCUUGACGUACGGCUUCUGACACGAGCGCAUUUACGACAACAUAAAUGUAUAAUCGAGAGAGGCUGACAAGUUAUCGAUCGUAUGUUAGGACCAUAAUAAUACGAGUUUCUCGCUCAUACUACGUGUGGCUAAAACGUAUUCGUAAAGGCGUCCCUAAUUUAUCGAUGUGUUAUAGAGCAAGCGCGUGUACGCAUUCUCCCGGCUCCAUUCUGGAUUAUUCUUCAUUCUCGAUUUCCUAGCAUCCGUCUCUCCAAUCGUCUGUCAUACGAGUCCUAUUGCAAUAACAUCCAACGAAUUUUAGUAAUAAAGAGAUCAUUGCAGCAUGCUUUCCUCUGUGUCUGUAUGUAUCGCAAUAUAACGUGCAAGACUGAAUGUCCACUUGAGAGCGUCGAUCCUGAGAGCGACUCGCAGUAGUAAAGAUUUUCGAUCGAGGUAAUUACUGAUGAUCGCUUCCGGUACUGUGUUCAGCAAUACUGUGUACUGAUAAAUUUUACUGUUGGGAGUUGAAAUAUAUAUAUAAAAAAAGAGAUCUCGCAAGUGGAAGUGCAGGCUAUGUUGCAUCGGGUAUCGUACGAUAAUUGUAAAAUCGAUAAAUAUGUUUACACUUAUAAGUAUAAACGGUUAAGAAGUAUCCAUGGGAGAUGUAAUGGAUUAAUACGUAUUUUUUAAAUGUGCAAAUAAAUAAACUAGACAAC